UGGUGUUUGACCAAUGAGAAGGCAGGAGGUGGAGUUAGAUAACCCAGAGAUCCUCUCUGAUUGGUCCGCAGCAUCCCAUCCUGCCCAUGAAUUCCCCGCCCUCCCCAGCUGACUUCUCUCUCCUCCAGCCUCCUCAUAUCUGUGGCUCAGAUGGGAGGCUGUGGACCGUGGUUCUGAUCCAAGCUGCGGGUAGAACCGGGUUCUUAGGAUGCUGAUGCUGGGAGUUUCCCUCCUGAUCUUCAGCCGUCUCGCUCAGAUCAGCUGGGGGGGGUGUCCACACGUUGCCAUGGAGACAACAUACAGGUGUGGUCCUUUCCUCCUGUUGCCUCCUCCUCCUCUUCCUCCUCCUCCUCCUCCUCGCCCUCCCAGAGACCUGGCAGUUCGGCCGCCUGAUGUUUCGGAUGGGGGAAUUGAAUUCCCAGCGUUCCCGAUCCUCUUCAUCAUUAUUUCCACCUCAUCAGUGAUCCUCCUGAUGGCCUUUAACAUCUGUUAUAAAGCGCUGAGCAGAGAACCUGAGGGAAGCAGAGAGAACGGGCCGAACAUCGGAGGGAACAACAACAACAACAACAACAACAACAACGAGUCCUGA